AUGUCAUCAAUUAAACAUUGUUGUGUUCCCGUGUGUACAGAAAAUCAGGGCAGGAAGCAAGUGCUGCAUCGAUUUCCAAAUCCAAUUAAGGAACGAGAAUGUUUCAAUAAAUGGGUGUAUGCAGUUGGUGCUCAUCAGUAUAGAGCUUUGGACAGUGAAAACUCCGAAACUGCAAGUUCUACUGAAGAGAUGGAAAUAAAGCAUUGCCGGAGGAAUGCAGAGGGACAGCUAUCUUUAUAA